GCGAGGACACAGGAAGAAGUGAGGGCAGUGUUUGUAGUUGUUGGUUUUACAACUGGUUCUGUUGCAGUGUCAGUCCACACCAGCUCCACACCCACAUCACUGAGCUGUGCUUUGUGUUGAUACGACGGGUUUCAAUGCAAGCAAAGGUUCACAGCAAGGGCAGAAGAGCCCGUCCUGAAACUUAAAGAGUGGCCGAGGUGAUCAUCAUCAUCAUCAUCAUCAUUAUCAACAUUCAUCUUCAUCAUGCUGCUGCAGUUGCUUUGUCUCGUUUUGAUCUCACGGUGCAUCACCGAGGCAAAGACCAGAAACGUGCUUCUGAUUAUUGCCGACGAUGCAGGUUUUGAGACGGAGGUGUACAACAACUCUGUGGUCCGCACCCCCCACCUGCGCUCUCUAGCCCAGCGCAGCCUGGUGUUCAGCAACGCCUUCACAUCUGUCAGCAGCUGCUCCCCCAGCCGCUCCACCAUCCUCACUGGCCUGCCCCAGCAUCAGAAUGGAAUGUACGGGCUUCAUCAGGGCGUCCAUCACUUCAACUCGUUUGAUGCCGUACAAAGUCUGCCACUGCUCCUCAGCAAGGCCAAGGUACACACAGGUAUUAUUGGGAAGAAGCACGUCGGUCCUGGAUCUGUCUACCCUUUCGACUUCGCCUACACGGAGGAGAACAACUCUGUCCUCCAGGUGGGGAGGAACAUCACCCGCAUCAAACUCCUGGUCCGCAAGUUUUUCCAUACGCACAAAGAGGAAGCCAUGGAGCACAGGCGGAAGAAAGAAGAGAAUAAAGGAGACGGUGAUGAUAAAAGAAGUGAAGAGAGACCGUUUUUCCUUUAUGUCGCCUUCCACGACACCCACAGAUGUGGACAUUCGCAGCCACAGUACGGAGCUUUCUGUGAGAAGUUUGGUAAUGGUGAGAUGGGGAUGGGACGAAUACCUGACUGGACUCCAGAAUAUUACACACCAGACCAAGUAAAGGUUCCUCCCUUUGUGCCGGACACACCUGCAGCUCGAGCUGACCUGGCUGCACAGUACACCACAGUCAGCCGGCUGGAUCAGGGUAUUGGAUUAGUUCUUCAGGAGCUCAGGGACGCUGGUUAUGAGAACGACACACUGGUAAUCUACAGCUCAGACAACGGCAUCCCCUUCCCUAACGGCAGAACCAACCUGUACCACUCCGGCACGGCAGAGCCCAUGCUGGUGUCCUCUCCAGAGCACAGGGAGCGAUGGGGAGACACCAGCCAGGCCUACGUCAGUCUCCUUGACAUCACUCCCACCAUUCUGGACUGGUUUUCUGUUCCCUACCCGCCCUACAGCCUCCCGGGCAGCUCCUCCACCCUGGUCCAUCUCACCGGUCGCUCCUUGCUGCCCGCUCUGGUCACUGAGCCUGGCCAGUGGCACACCACCUACGCCAGCCAGUCCCUCCACGAGGUCACCAUGUACUACCCAACCCGCUCUGUCCACCAGGGGGCGUACCACCUUCUCCACAACCUACACUACCGGAUGCCCUUCCCGAUUGACCAAGACCUGUAUGUGUCCCCCACCUUCCAGGACCUGCUGAACCGCACCAGGCUGAGUGAGCCGACGCACUGGUUCAAGAGCCUGGAGCAGUAUUACUACAGAGAGCGCUGGGAGCUGUACGACUCCAGGACAGACCCACUGGAGAUGAGGAACCUGGUAUCAGACCCGUCCUACAGCGUUGUGCUCGAGAGCCUGAGGCAGAGUCUGCAGAAGUGGCAGUGGGAGACCGGGGACCCCUGGGUCUGUGGACCAGACUAUGUCCUGGAGGACAAACUGGAGCCGCAGUGCAGACCACUCUACAAUGGACUCUGAUGGACUCUAAUGACGGCUCAUCAUCCACCCACCUCAACUUUGAUUUGAUGAACGUCGUCGGUCACGAUAACGUCUCAGCCUAUAUAAGCACCACAAAGUUUCCCAAACAGCCAACAAAACAUAAAGUCUGCCGCUGACCAAGAGCAGA